ACGAGCGCAAAACUGUCCUCUGCUGAACCGCAAUCGAAUAGAAGAAUCCGCUGAAAUCCGUUUGAAACACGAAAAUGAGCGUAAAAACCGGAGCCAACGUGUGUCCACUGACUGAGGAACGAUCCGGGAGUGUGCGAGAAGUGGGUGAACAUGCCGUGUGGAGUCUCUCCUCGUGCAAACCAGGUUUCGGCGUGGACCAAUUGAGGGACAAUUCGACGGAAACGUACUGGCAGUCGGAUGGCCAGUUGCCACACCUGGUCAGCAUACAGUUCCACCAGAUGACGAGUGUGAGCCAGAUUUACAUUUACUCCGAUUACAAGCUGGAUGAGAGCUACACCCCGAGCCGGAUAUCGAUACGGCGCGGCACGCAUUUCAACGAUUUGCAAGAGAUCGAUGUGGUGGACCUGUGCGAACCAUCCGGCUGGGUGUGCAUUCCGAUCAAAGGAGGAACCGACAGUUACCUUUGCACCUUCAUGAUACAGAUUGCCGUCAUCAGCAACCACCAGAAUGGGCGCGAUACUCACAUGCGGCAAAUCCGCAUUCACUCUCCGACUGCCGAAACGCACUAUCCGCUGGAACAGCACGGCACGUUCAGUACGAUCGAGUUUCAGCAGUACCGUACGAUACGCUAGGCGGCCGCCUCUAUGAUCAUGAUCUCCCGAAUACACUCAUCAAUCAUUAUGUUUUGUAGAAACAUGAAA